CGAUUUGUGGAUAAUGGUGAGAACCUUCUCCAGAAGUGGCAAGUACUUGCUGACCUGUUAAGCUGCUCUCAGGAUCUUAUCAUCACUUUGAGCUCCCUUGGCAGUGUGUCGGAAGCAAAGUCCUUCUGCCUUGAAGGGCUGAGAUUAGCCAAAACCCUUCAUAGCAUGCGACAUUGUGCAGAUUUCCUGGUAAGAAAGGCAGAAUUGGAGACUCUACGCGCAGAGCUCCAGCUGUGUGAGGAAGAUCUGCAAUAUGUGGUGUUUCUCAUGGAGUCAUGCACAGAUUUCGCAGCUAAAGCUAAGCAAAAAGAGGUGAAGAUUAAAGUUUCCAAAGGAAAGAAAUCAAACAAGAAAAAGACCCCAGAUUUCACUCCUAGCCCUCCAGCAGAAGAUUUU